AUGCUAUUUGGCCUGAAAAACGCACCAGCCACAUUUCAGCAUGUAAUGGACUCCGUUUUGUGUGGCUUACAAGGUGAAAUAUGUUUCGUUUACCUCGACGACAUAGUGGUAUUUGCUUCUAGCCUUCAAGAACAUGAACAAAAACUUGAAGAAGUUUUCUCUAGACUUAGAAUAUAUGAACUAAAAAUCCAACCAGAUAAAUGUGAAGUUCUUAGAUAUGUAGUUACUUAUCUUGGCCAUAUCAUUACCAACCAAGGCGUUAAGCUGAACCCCGAUAAAAUACGGACAGUUCAAGAAUUCUCUAUUCCUAAAUCGUGUAAAGAUAUAAAAGCAUUUCUAGAUCUUACAGGAUAUUACCGUCGGUUUAUUCGUAACUUCAGUAAAGUCACUAAACCUUUAACUAGCCUUCUUAAAAAGGACACUGCUUUCAUAUGGGGCGAAACCCAACAACAAUCAUUCAAUGAAUGUAAACAUCUUCUUAUUAACCCUCCAAGGAAUUCAUGCUAA